UUCUAUUUAAUUCAUUUUCCUUUAUAAUAAUUACCAUAAUUUGUUCGUCCACAUUUUAAACAAUAUCCAUCAUUCCUUCUUUUUUCAGGUGGUCGCGUGUUUACAUUUUCAUUUCGUUGUCCUUUUCGCGUACUUCGUUAAUUUUCAUUUCGUUACCGAUUCAUUAUUAGAUAAAUAUGGUCCUACAAAAUAUGGAUAAGCAGAUGGGAGGUAUUCCACCCCAUACACAUUCUUAUUGUUGUCCAGAAAUGUUGUCCAGAAUGUCGUCGUCGUCCAUGGAUAAGCAGAUGGGAGGUAUUCCACCCCAUACACAUUCUUAUUGUUGUCCAGAAAUGCUGUCCAGAAUGUCGUCGUCAUCCAUGGAUAAGCAGAUGGGAGGUAUUCCACCCCAUACACAUUCUUAUUGUUGUCCAGAAAUGCUGUCCAGAAUGUCGCCGUCGUCCAUGGAUAAGCAGAUGGGAGGUAUUCCACCCCAUACACAUUCUUAUUGUUGUCCAGAAAUGUUGUCCAGAAUGUCGUCGUCGUCCAUGGAUAAGCAGAUGGGAGGUAUUCCACCCCAUACACAUUCUUAUUGUUGUCCAGAAAUGCUGUCCAGAAUGUCGUCGUCAUCCAUGGAUAAGCAGAUGGGAGGUAUUCCACCCCAUACACAUUCUUAUUGUUGUCCAGAAAUGCUGUCCAGAAUGUCGCCGUCGUCCAUGGAUAAGCAGAUGGGAGGUAUUCCACCCCAUACACAUUCUUAUAAAUGUUGUCUAGUAAUGUUGUCCAGAAAUUGUUGUCCAGAAAUGUUGUCCAGAAAUUGUUGUCCAGAAAUUGUUGUCCAGAAAUGUUGUCCAGAAAUUGUUGUCCAGAAAUGUUGUCCAGAAAUAUAA